AUGUCAAAGAAUUCAACGCGAACAGCUAGCAAAACAAACACUAAAAAUGAAGCACUGCCACGUAAGGCAAGCAAAUUGCCUGCAACAAGUGGAACAGCCCCAACAACAUCAAGAAGCAGUAAGCUAAAAGUCAAGCAACAGGAUAGCACGGAGAGCGAAAGAAGUCUAAGGAAAACCGCAAAGAUUGCAACGUCAACAACUGCAACAGCAGCAACAACAGCAAGUAAAAAGUCGCCGUCGUUGCACACAAGCAAAAACAAGGACCGUGAGCUUGUUGCGAGUAAAACUAAAAGAACAACCCCAUCGCCCACAACAGCAACAAAGACAGCAAGAACAAGCAAAGUGCUUGCAACCACCAGCAGCAGCAGCAACAAAGUGAAACCAAAUGCCGUACUGGACACAUAUCAUAGUGUGACAGUGUUGUCGCCACCAUCAAAGCGCAAAGCGCAGUCAAAACAAACAGCAGUGGCAAUAGUGGAGCAAGCAGUUAAAGAGCAAGCAGUUGAGAAGCAAGCAGGAAUAGCACGGACGCGCAAAUAUUCACGCACACUGCAGCCCGAGGAGAUUGUGGUGCUGAAGCGGGAUUCGGCCAAGCAACGCAGUGAAUUACAGGUGCAACAACAACAACAUCAAGUUAAUGAGAUCAAGCAACCCAUAUCAUUCGAAGUGCAGUUUGGAACAGCUAAAAAACCAAGCCAAGCGACAGCAAAUGAAUCCGAUAAUUACUCCGAUGACUUUGAAUCCUAUGAAUCCGAUUUUGAGACAGAUGCCAGCACGCCCGAAGAGGAGGAGGAGGAGCAGGAGGAACAAGCUGAGGAGCAACCCAUAAUAGAGGCUGAACAAUCCAUAAGCGAACAAUUUAACGCCGAGAAGCAUGAACAAGAUUCGGAGGAUUCAGAAGAUUCGGAGCCCACACAAAAUCCAAUAACAGUGAUUCAGCGCGACAAGGAGCGAAAACUGGAUUCGGGACACUAUGACAUGCAGAAGCGUCGACAGACAGCCAGACAACAAGUGGAUGAUAGCUUCGAUACCAAUCACAGCAUGGCCAACUCGGAGCAACUGGACUCGGGCAUAAGUAGUAGCUAUGUCACAGACUUACCCAAAUCCACAUCCACGUCGGAUGUACACUAUGGAGGCUAUGUGGACUUUGUGUCACGUCCUGUCCUCAGCAGACGUGGUCAGGAGCUCAUGCGGAAACUACGCUUCGAUCAGCUGAGCUAUCAACUGUUUGAGAUGAAACCGCUAAGCUAUGAGGGUUACAUGCAAAGCUAUGGCAAGCUGAACACAUGUCAGCUGGCCACACAGACGCAGUCGAGGCAUAUGGACACGGAAUGCCAGACGCUGGAGCUGCACAUGCGCAGCAGUUGGACACAACAUCCGGCACACUAUGGUGGACAGCUGCUGCUCCAGUGCAGCGGCGAUGCGGGCAAUGCAAAUGAGAAUCAUUCAAUUGAAUCAAAUGAUACAUUUGACUGCAGCUUGGCACGUCUGGAGCAACUGCGUCGGCUGGAGCAGCAGCGUGCUCUGCGGCAGCAACGACAGCAUUUGAGAAAAUCCAAUGAUUUGGAGCAUCUGGCGGUGUUUCUGCACCGGGCAUCUUUGCUGCUGGGCAAGGUAUUGAACGCCAAUUGUCCACAACAGCAGGUAAAUCCUCUGCAGACUGGACUCCUCGAUGCACUGCGCGUGCGUCGCAUCUUUGGCAGCACAGGACAACUGCAGCUCGUGGUCACGGUGCAUGAGUCUGCGCCCCAGAACGAUGUCUAUCGCGAUGACUUUGCGAAUCUGCUCAUGGUCUGGUCACUCACGGAUGCCAGCAAACCGCUGCGUCUGCUCUCCACCUGGGCAGAAGUCUGUCGCGUCUGCUUCAGCAGUGAGGCACCUGACAUCAUUGUCGCUGGUUUGCGGGACGGUAGCGUGGCCAUGUGGGAUCUGCGUGAGACCCACAGCUACUGCUCCAAGCUGGAUGGCAAUCUCACACAUUUCGCGGCCACACAAUCGGUGGUGCCUUCGCUGCCGAUAUCCGUCUUGGAUCUGGGUGCCGUUGUCGAUGUGCGCAGCUUUCGAGCUGCUCCCAAGACAGCUGGCAUGGCAAUGGGCAGCAGCUUGGCCAUGCCACACAAGGAUAUCCAGUACGCAUCGCUUAAUGAUUCGGGACUGCUCACGAUUUGGACACUCGUGGAUAGCGGACGCGGAUGCAGUGCGUCCAGCAGAAACGAGUAUUGUUCACCCUGGGCGAGAGUGAAGCUUCUACAAGCGGUCAGCUGCGAUCUGCGUGAUUAUUUGGAACGGCGACUGCUGAAAAGGCAACAAAGUUGCUAUGAGAAGACCAAGUCUUUGUUCCAGGGAAAUGUCUACAGCGAUGAAUUGUUGCGUGAGCUGGACGAGACACAGACACUGACGACGGCGCUGGCGAAUCAGGGAUUGCAGGGAUUACGCUUUAGCAGCAUUGAUGCGGGCAGUGAACUCAUCUACGUCUGCACCAAUCGCAAUUUUAUCUUGUGCUGCACGAGGAGCUUAAAACCGGAGCGAUUUCAACGCAUUGGAAUCCACGAGAGUCGCUUUCUGUUUCCCACCUCGUUGUGUGUGCUCGCCAAUGAGCAUUUUGUGGCCGUCGGUUUGUCCAACGGCUCCGUCAUGAUACUCAACUGCAAUCAGAGGCAACGUCAACGUUUGAUUAGACCCACAACAGUAAUGCCGGAAACACAGAUUGCUCCUGAUCCGGAGACGGGCAAAUCCUGUGCUAUACAAAACAUAAUACUCAACGAGCGUCGAUCGUUUGAUCAACAGGAUCUGGAGCGCAACAACUAUGAUGCGAGACCCAAUACCGCCUUGCAGCUUCUACAACAACCACGUCGAUCCUACGAGAUGCGCUCCUUUGAUCAACAGUUGCUCCUCAGCGGCAGCUCAAUGCGUCAGCAUCUUGUCCAGGCUCUCGUACAGUCCAGCGACGGUUGGCAACUCUUCGCCCUCUCCAAUGGUACUGUGCGCAGCUACGAUUUCCAUUUGGAUCGUGAAGUGCCCCAAAUUGGCUCAAAUGUUACGGAUAUUGCCACCGCUUGCAGUUCCACAACUGCUCAGCAAUUGUUGCUACUGGAAACUGGUGGUCAGGUGCAGAUGCAUUUGCUUAACUUGUAGUUUGUUAUAAUAUCUAUUUUGUUACCAUGUAAUCAUUUAUACAAGCAUAUUAAUACAGCAAUAAACUUGUUUUCUUAACAGCUU